AUGUUGGGUUUCUUGGACUAUGAGUUCGUACUUUAUGAGGAGAAACCCACUGUAAUCACUGAAGAGUCUUCUGAAACAGUAAAGUUGUUGCAUGUUAAGUGGACUAAGGCUAAUACCAUGGCCAUUAGGUUGAUCCGUGCUUCUAUUGGUGAGACUAUUCGUGGCGGUAUUCCUGUAUUUGAUACUGCCAAGGAGCUUCUUGAUUUAAUUAAGAAUUAUAAUGGCAGUGAUUCAGUGAGGGAGUGUAUCUAUAAGAUAUGCAAGCUGGUUAAUGGUCUCAGGGAGAAGGGAAUCAAAUUUGAUGAUGAGUUAUUGGUCCACAUGGUGAUCUAUUCUCUUCCUAGAUCUUUUGAUGCUUUCAGGGUAAAUUAUAAUUCACAAGAGACAAAAUGGGAUAUUAAUCAGCUAUUGGCACUUUGUGUGACUGAGGAAGAGUAG